AACAGAAGUGAGCGCGCGCGAGGGGCUGCGGUCCCAUUGACGGUUCCGUCUCCCUGACAGCAGCAUUGGCUUCAGCAUUAGCGGCGGUGCUGGAAAACAAGAAGUCGCCGCCUCGCCCCGCUGUCGCCGCAAAAGCCACGGGUCUGAACGGAGAGAGGAGCCUCCUUGAAACCCCCACUCCGUCCUCCCGGUCCGCAGGAAGAAAGCCAGUUCCCCUCCCGCGUGCUGUCAUCCCGACCGACCGCCGGAGAUAUGGGCUCCCCGUAAAACCGAGGUGGUGGAGGGGAGAGGCGGGCGUGCGGGCGGUGGGAGGGGGGUGGGGGGAGAAGACAGCGGAGCAGCAAGAGGGAGAAGGAGAGGCUGAACACGAAGGAACCGAAACGCUAUCACCACCAUCACCGCUACUACGACCACAGCUAGCAGUGACACUGCCGCCGCCGCCGCCGCCGCCGCUGCCGCCGCCCUGGGUGCCCCCCGCCACCGCCAUGGGAACUCCGCAUCAGUCGCUCCCACCGCAGCUUUGUCCGUGGGCCAUGUCGUGAUCCGUGGGCUCCGCCAGCGGGUUUUCUAUCUGUGAUCCCGAGGAGGAGGAGGAGGAGGAAGAGUAGGAGGCUGGGAGAGAAAGUGGUGGGUAAGAUGUUCGCCUCGGUGGGCCCGCGGGGCGGCCCGCGGCCACCGGUAGCCCCUGCUGUCCCAGAGCCGGACCUGAGCCACCUGACUGAGGAGGAGAGGAAGAUCAUCAUGGCUGUCCUGGCUCGGCAAAAGGAGGAGGAGGCGAAAGAGGAGGCCAUGUUAAAAGAGGAAAAGCCAAUCCAAGCAAGAACCGUGAACCUGGUCGGCCAGAAGAAACCGCUCCAGCAAAACGACGUCCGAGGGAUCCAGCAGCAGUUGUCCAGUUACAGGGAGACUGUUAUCCGACAGGCUACAGCAGCGGCUGGUUCAGCUGUUCACAGGGACGACGCUCCGACCUGUGGCAUCUGCCACAAAACCAAGUUCGCAGAUGGCUGUGGGAACCUGUGCUCGUACUGCCAGACUAAGUUCUGUGCCCGCUGUGGUGGGCGAGUCUCUCUGCGCUCCAACACGGAGGAAAAAGUGGUAAUCUGGGUGUGCAAUAACUGCCGAAAGCAGCAGGAGAUCCUGACAAAGCCAGGCGAGUGGUUCACCGGUCCGUCUGGAAAGCCCGCUGGCCUUGGUUCAGCUGUCAGCGAGCCCUCUGUGUGCCAAGUGCUCACGGACAAGAAACUCCGAUCUCGCUCCCAAGCGCCACCUGGCUUGACCACUGCAAUCCAAGACCCCAGCCGACCUGGUGCACCUGGUGCCACACCUGGCACUGAUGCACGGUCACGUAGCGAACCACCAAGAGACGCGAGAAAUGAACGAGGAGUUGGUAGGGGAGAUCAGCCGAGGCUGCAGACACAGGUUUCCAUGGACCGGGACCUCCGGGGGGAGCCUAGAGAGCGCCGGCGGCUGACGAAGGGACGCUCUCUGGAGCAUGAUCCUGUGGGAAGUGUUGGAGUAAGAAGGACCGAACAGGGGAGCUAUCACCAUGGAGCUCCUUCCUGCCAAGCAGGGCCUGUACUGCCUGGAGGUCGUGGAUACCCUGUGUCUAUACAGGGCUGCGGCAUGGAUGUAAUAGGGGAGGUUGGAGAUGGCGUUCGGGCUGGUCAGAGGACGUUGGGUGGGCCGCAUGAACAAAGUCUUGCUCAGCAAGCCCCUCCCCCUGAACUCAGAGAACCCCAUAGUUCAGCCCCUGGCUCGGCCCCAAGCCAGGGGCCCAUAGUGAGACGGACCAAACGGGAAAAGGCUGAGAGCAUGCUACGUAAUGAUUCGCUCAGCUCUGACCAAUCGGAAUCUCUGCGACCACCACCACCAAGGCCCUACAAGUCGAAACGAGGGCUGGGGGCUGGAGGGAAGAGGCAAACCAGUGUCAGCAGUUCAGAGGAGGAAGGAGAGACGACGCCUGAGUACAGCAGCUGUGAGGACGCUGAGAUCGAAAGUGUCAGUGAAAGAGGCGACUGGGAGUGCUACCCACAUGACCCCACUGUAUGGCAUCAUCCUGUAACCUGGCAGCCAUCCAAGGAGGGAGAUCAUCUAAUAGGGCGCAUAACUCUCAGCAAGAGGACCUCUGCAAUGCCUAAAGAAGCUGGAGCUUUGUUGGGGUUAAAGGUGGUGGGAGGCAGAGUAACAGAGUCAGGGAGAUUAGGUGCCUUCAUCACCAAAGUCAAGAAAGGGAGUCUGGCUGAUGUGGUGGGACAUCUCAGAGCAGGGGAUGAGGUUUUGCAGUGGAACGGGAAACUGUUACCAGGGGCUACCAUGAAGGAAGUCUACAACAUCAUCCUGGAGUCUCAAGCUGACCCUCAAGUGGAGCUGGUUGUAUCAAGACCUAUUGGGGUUUAUAGAAAAUAUCAUGAUAUCCCAAGAAUCCCAGACACAUCACACCCUCCAUUAGAAUCUACAGGUUCCAGUUCUUUUGAGUCACAGAAGAUGGAGAGACCAUCCCUAAAUGUCCUGUCUCCCUCCAGUCCUGGAAUGCUCCAAGACGCUCCCCACCUGAUGCCAGGGCAACUCUCAGUGAAGCUAUGGUAUGAUAAAGUGGGUCACCAGCUUAUAGUCAACGUGUUGCAGGCUGUGGACCUCCCUCUUCGGCCUGACGGGCGGCCCCGGAGCCCCUAUGUCAAAGUGUACUUUCUUCCAGAUCGCAGUGACAAGAGUAAACGAAGGACAAAAGCAGUAAAGAAGACCUGUGAGCCCAAGUGGAACCAGACAUUUGUCUACACUCACGUCCAUCGAAGGGAUUUUCGAAACCACAUGCUCGAGCUGACUAUGUGGGACCAACCCAGGUCUCUGGAGGAGGACAGUAUUUUCAUGGGAGAGAUCCUGAUAGAGCUGGAGACGGCCUUACUGGACGACAAGCCCCAUUGGUAUCCACUCCAAACCCAUGAUGUCUCAUCCAUACCACUUCCCCGACCCUCCCCAUACCUGCCCCGAAGGCAUACGCACACAGACAUGCCUCCAAAGAAGCUACAACGUUCUCAACGUGUAACAGAGCCUGAAUUUGAUGAGGGUACAGCAAUAGUGUCUAAAGCAGCCGAUGGGCGAGGCAGGGAAAGGCAACGGGAGCCCACGUCUACCCUGGAGGUGCCAGAGCAGCAGAGAACGCUGACCCAUCACAUACGUUCCCGCUCUGUCUCUCCACACCGUGAGGAGCAGGGGCGGAACCGAUCGCGGCCGCCCAAUGUUCCCACCCAGAGGAGUCUGGAUGAUGAGCUUCCUCACACUCGUCGUUCUCGAUCUCCGACCCGGUACUAUGAUGCUGCCAGAGGUCAUCAGCAGGAGGAACAGUACCUGGAUGACAGUGAGAUCAUCAUGAUCCACCAGUCAAUGCGAGGCAAAAGUGCUGAGUGCCUCCACACCAGGAGAGCCGCUAGGCCCAAUAAUACACUGCCACCUAAAAUGCCCCUUUUAUUCAACGGCAUUCACAGUGAUCUUCAGCCUUCUCUGGACAGGGUUAGGAGCGCUAGUGCCAACUGUCUGACUCCAAACAAUCAUGCUCAUUCACCAGAGACUGAAAGAAAAUCUUUGUCACAUUCUCUGCCCCGGAGACGUCCAGCAAGUCCCAGGAUUCUUAUCCAACAUGCUUCCCCCGAAGAUGACAGGAUAUGGAUGUUACCUUCUACCCAAGAUGCUGUGAUUCACCUCAGUACAAAGACGAGGCAGCCUUGGACAUUGGAAACACCUGAAAGUCAGACUUUUGGCAGUGGCAGGGGCCACCUCCAAGGUGGAACCUCCUCAGUGACGUCCUCAUCAUCACGCAGAGUGAGGCAACUUCCACAGCUUCCACCCAAGAGCAGCAGCGUAGAACAAGCCCUUGUAGCAGAAGAGCGCGUUCGUCAGCUCCAGAUGAGGGUUCACUCCAACCGGGUGUCAGCUGCUAGCACGUCCAGCCAGCAGGACCUCAAGAACAAACGGGAGCUCUACAAGGAUCAAAGAAGGAGCAGUGAGAACGUUUCCCAUAAGUCCUCAGAUAGUGAUGUCAGUGACGUGUCAGCCAUCUCUCGAACCAGCAGUGCCUCCCGCAUCAGUAGCACCAGCUACAUGUCCAUCCAGUCAGAAAGACCUCGGGGGCGCUUCAGCCGGGCCAUGCGAGCAACUGGCCGCCACAUGAUGAAGAGCACUAGCGUGAGUGGUGAGAUCUACGGCAUGGAGCAUGCUGAUGGAAGCCAAUCAGACACUGCGCUUGGGAGCCUGGGUAGUGGGAUCAAGAAGCGUCGUUCAAGCCUCAGUCAGCGAGUUGUUGCCAUCCUGCCAUCAAGACGCAGCCGGAGUACCUCACAACUCAGCCAAACAGAGGCAGCGGGUAAAGCGUCGGACAGACAGAAAGAAGCGACAACGGGUAAGAAGGCCGGCAAGGCGGGUGGCAGCAGCAGCAUUCAGAGGAGUGUGGAGACGGGCAUGGCGGUGGACUAUCCCCGGGGAGCGUCAGCAAUGAACCGACAGGCCAGCAGAGAGUCGACUGAUGGCAGCAUGAACAGCUACAGCUCUGAGGGGAAUCUGAUCUUCUCAGGAAUGCGUUUGGGUGCUGAUAGUCAGUUCAGUGACUUCCUGGACGGUUUAGGCCCUGGUCAGCUGGUUGGACGGCAAACGCUGGCCACACCUGCGAUGGGUGAUGUCCAGAUUGGGUUGAUGGAUAAGAAAGGUCAGCUGGAGGUGGAGGUGAUCAGGGCACGAGGCCUUACUCCCAAACCUGGCUCCAAAUCUCUCCCAGCGCCCUACGUGAAGGUGUACCUGCUGGACAAUGGAAACUGUAAAGCCAAAAAAAAAACCAAGAUUGCACGAAAGACCCUGGAGCCACUCUACCAGCAGCAUCUGCUUUUUGAUGAGAGUCCCCAGGGCAAGGUGCUUCAGGUCAUAGUAUGGGGUGAUUAUGGACGAUUGGACCACAAAUGUUUCAUGGGUGUAGCACAGAUCUUAUUGGAGGAACUGGACCUCUCAAGCACGGUUAUUGGGUGGUACAAACUGUUUCCACCAUCUUCACUGGUGGACCCUACAUUAGCUCCACUCACACGGUUGGCGUCUCAGACAUCACUGGACAGCUCAGGACCACCACCGGGCGUUCGGUCCUAGUGACCGCAUGGUGACCGCAAACCCCCUCCUAGUAUCCCUUAAAUGACAAAUUAAUGGACCACAGCUACUGAACCACAACUGUGCAGAGGGCCUGAACCAGCCCUAACAGCAACAAGAAGCCCUCUGCCAACCAAUGAAAAGCAAGACGAAGAGACAGGGAAAGAGAAAGAGAAAGCAAUGGAGACAGAGAGAGAGAGAUAGAACUAGAACUAGCCAGUCAAAGCUUAGCUGGAGUCUGACAAUCAUGUCUCACAACUUCCCUUUUCCUCCUCUUUAUACAUUUAUGUUUUCAAAGCUAUGCUUUUCUUGUUUUCUUCUUUCAGCUGCAACAGUGGAGGCUUCUAUCCACCAUUCCUUGUUGAUCUGUUUACUGUUUUUUAUUCCUUUUAUCUCUUUUGUCAUGUCGUGUGUGGCCCAAACAGAACAUUUGAUCAAAGUGGAGUCCUCCACGCACUGACCCUCCAGCCAAUCAGAGAAGACUUUACUGCAACGUCACAGGGAUGAAUAGUGUAAAGACAGGGGUUUGUCAUAAAUAAGUACAAGUCAGUUGGGGCAUGGUUUGGUAAUGUUUUUGAGUGAGGUGUGCAUGCACAAGCAUGUGCACAGUAUUCGUUCUGAGAUUUAGAAAGAAGCACAAGAAGAGCUUGACUCCUUUAUUCGGACAAACACAAACACAAGUUUUGCUUUUCAUCUAAAGAAGGAAAGGUAAUGGAGGCCAAAUUAACAAUUUGCUUUUUGGAGUGUCUUUUUUUGUUUUGCUUCAGAAUUGUACCAUACAAAGCAGACUCCCUCUAUGUAUGUACGUUUGGGGUUCGAGCAAUGGCGGACCCAAGGCUGAGAGUAACGGUCGGGUCAGGCUAGCCCGAACGCCCUUCGCCAGGCCCCUCUUCCUUCCUGACACCUCAGACUCUCCCAUGUAGGAGGGAGCAGCAUGACUCGGGGACGUCCUGCCCCGGCCCCAAGCCGCAUGCACGUUUGUUUGGUUACGUUGCUUUUAUUUCUUUUUUUGUUUUGUUUUGUUCUCUACUUUUUUGUAAAAUCAAAGUUGAAACAAAUUAACAAGCAAUUCUCAAAAAAAGAAAAACAGAAAAAAAGACUAGACUAUGUGUUAGUUUCACAUACUUUUAGGCCAGCUUGUAUGUUGCAUGUUCUUGUACAGUUUGCUCGUACUGAAUAUGAAUACAAACCAAGAAAAGCCAAGCCAUUCCUGCCCCCUAACAGGACCAAUGAGGGGGAUCAGCUCAACCCAGGCCACGCCUACUACUCUGGGUCUAAAGAUCAAUUGUAGAAAAUCUUCAGAAAGACUUUUUUUUCCUUUCGUUUUUUUGUUGAAACCUUUCGACAAUAGUGCUGUUUUUUAAUACUGAGCAUACUUGAGCCCCUGGCGUAUCUGAGGAACUAGGUGUUUAAACUGUAGUUUACAACAGUCGGGGCUAGAGACAGAGAUAGAGAAUGUGUGUAUAACAGCUAAAUGUAUAUGAACUAUCAUUAUGAGUUUGACAGAAAUUAUAAAGAUAUAGAUAUAUGAAUAUAAAGAGUGUAUUUGACUGCACACCCAUCACAGACACGCACCUAAACACAUACAGUAGACGCAAACCGUGUACAUACUUAUCAGGCUGAGCAGCUUGAACUUAAGUGAUGAACAAACAAAAUCUUGUCUGACAUACAAACCAAUUCCUGGUUUUGUUAAAGGGGAAUUUGUGCCAGGCCAAUGUGUCUGAGCUGCUGAGCGGCACAGAAUCACAAAGAGGCGCUAAUUGGCCUUCAUUAUUGUCCCAGUUGAAGUAGAAGCAAUUGGAAUAACGUCUCCUUAAAGUCUCCCUCCUCUUUAUUUAUGACUUACGGUUUGGAGUGUACUUCUAAAGCCAAUGAGAAAUCUGGUUUUGCAGACAUAUCUCGCGGACGUUUCUGUUGAAAUUCUUGGCGUGUGGUUGACUGCCCUUUCCUUUGUCAGUAUUACAUCAGGAAUACUGAUUGUUUACAGCCCAUGGCUCCCAACUCACAUACCACGAUCCUAGACGAAAGACGAAGUAUUUACUGCAACAGUUCUCGUUUGUACAACAGAUGUGGCUCUACUGAUGUGUAUGUUUUAUAUUCAAGAGUUCAUUUUUAUUAUUUACAAAUAAAAGACUGUGUGGAAGACGA